CGGCUGGCCGGGUCUGGCUCGGUGGCGGGCGCCAUGCGGGCAUCGAGGCCUUGCGGCGUCUGCGGGGCGGCCGGGGCGGCCCGGUACCGCUGUCCGCGCUGCGCCGCCGCAUACUGCUCGGUGCCGUGCUGCAGGACCCACAAGGAGCGAUGCGAACCGGAGCCGGGGCCGCAGCCGGAGCGCUGGGCGGCCGGACAGAGCUGCCCCGACGGGGCGAAGGGCGCCGGGCAGGCGGCAGGUGGCCCCUGGUCGGUGGAGGACAUCCUGAGGGAGGACGAGGAGCAGGACCGCGUCCCGCUGCACAAACUGCAGCUUUUAGGAGAAUCAGAAGAGCUGCGGGGUUUGCUGCUCAACCCCCACCUCAGGCAGCUGCUGCUGAGCAUCGACCAGGCAGAAGAUAAAAGCUCCCUCAUGAAGAAGUACAUGCAGGAGCCCCUGUUUGUGGAGUUUGCAGACUGCUGCUUGAGGAUUGUUGAGCCUCCAGAGAAGGAGAACAUUCUUCCCGAGUGAGCUACUUGGGGAACUUUUUCCUUUCCUUGAGAUUUUUUUGCCCCUCUGGGGGGGAUUGGUGCUGCCGGGGUGCAGCACUCUGUGUCCUCCCUCGGGGCUUGGUCUGGCUUUGCUCAGGGGUGUCACUGCUCUAAUUCACCAUUUAGAGUUGAUAAACUCAGUGAUAAACUCAGGCCUGGGAGGUAACAGGAAUUAAACUUGACAUUCCCUGGACUUGCUUUCUGUCGGUGCAGAAAUACUGUCAACUGUGGGAAACGCUGCUUCCCAAUAACAAUUAGUAUUAAAUAGAUUUGUUUUUAUUGUAACCCACAAACUAAUCUGAAA